AUGUCAACAACACCGAGGAGAUCAACCCCGACAGUCUUCGAGCAGCAGCGAGCGGAACUGGUUCGGGAAAUCGCAGUGGGUAUGGAGCAAGUACUCCAAAACAUCAACCGCCUAAACCGCAACCUGGAAAGUAUCAUUGCAGUAAGUAGCAUCGAAACCAAUGGAUCCUAG